CAGCUCGUGCAGCAAUUGUUCGUGACUUCGUGUAAACAGACAAUUACGUACAAAUAUACACUAUUUUAGGCCACGGAGUAACAAAAGAAGAGAUUGAUCGAGCAUUCUCAAAACUAAUCACUUGCUCUCUAGUGCCCUUCUUUAAUCCCUUGAAUUUCAAGCUUAAAUGGAAGGUUCUUUUACACUGGAUGUGGCUGUUGUAGCUGUGGAAAUUAUCGGAGUAAUUCUUUGGAUGGUCACAAUAUCUGUUGCUUAUUCUAUAUUGGUGAAGUCUGAGAAGGACGAGUAUGAUUGUGAGGAAGUGUUAUUAAGGCAUGAUGAUGCUCAUUAUAAAGUCUUGCCUGUUAUGUUUACAGUUGGGGUUGCACAUUUUUAUGUUAACACAAGGGCCUUCACAAGAGCAGCUUGUUGCUGCCUACGCAUCGCAUAUGUUGUAGGAUUUAUGCUUAUCCUGAUAGGACUAUUGUUGAAAAGCUCGUUUGAACCAACCCAGGGCGUCAUUGGUCAUGUAGUGGUGAGCGUUGCAGGAGUAUUUAAUAUCUUGGCUAAUGCAUAUAUUUGGAACAAAGCUCUUCGCUCGCCAUUUAACAGUUUAGGGGAUUCUGAAGACCAUUAGGAAUGAAGUUCAUCUUUGGAAAAUGUUGUGUCUUAAUUUUAAUUUCCUAUUCAGUUGUAAUAAAUGGUAACAUGUACCGUGUUUUGAAUGCUUCAUUGGUGUAUGUUAUGGGUUUAUGAGAUAAGUAGUACGGAGUAACUUGGUUUAGGUAAGGGCCAGUUUGGUUGGGGUUUUUGAAGGUAAAGCGAGGGAA